AUGAGGAGAGGAUCUUUAAUUCCAAAAAAGACUCGCGCUCCAUCUGUUCCUGCCAAGGAGGAAUAUCUAGUAGACAAUUCCAAGAAAAACAAUAAGAAACAAACGAUUCCAGCGAGAAGAAGAUCAUUAACACCAACGAACUUAAAUCAGAUACCAAGAAUCAACGAUGAGUCAUCAACAGCUGCAAAGUUAUCAACUGAUUUUAUCGAUAUCAUCAAGAAAAAUUCUUCAUUAAAAAGAAUGCAAGUUAUGGAUAUAGACAAGAUUGGAAAAGAGUUACCACUUAUGGCCAGAAGGUCAGUACGAAUGGGAAACUUUGAAAGGCAAAAGAAAUCAGAAGCUCCAAAGAAAUUUUGGAAUAUAUGGAAUUCCAUCAUACAAAAGCAUACAGAACAGCUGAAAGAUCUCGAAUCUACUUUAAUGGAUAGAAUAAAGGAUUCCCAUAAAGAAUUAACUCAAAUUUCAAAACCUUUGUUUGAUCAUCAAGAAGAUAUACCAAAAGACUGCCAGAAUCACCUGAAUAAUAUCUCGAGAGUCUUAGACAUCGUCCAAUACUUCAUGAACGGUGAUGAAUCUUCUGAUAUUCAAAUUUGCAUCAAAUUGCUUGCAGAUAUCAAUAAAAAUGCCGCUCAGUACCAAGAGAUCAGAGUUAUAAUCGAACCAGUUCAAAAACUCCAGCAAACUUUGAUUGAUUACAAUAAAUUUUUCACAAACCAGUCGAAUUACAUAAAACAACAUGAUAUAUCCAUUACAGAGCUUAAGAAGCUUAUUUACCAACCGGAAGGACUGACAAUUAUCGAAGCAAAACCUGUCAGAUCAUCUUCAUCAGCUUCUCCACGAGUUUCUGAAUCUCCGAAGGUCGAAGAAGAACCAGAGAAGAAGAUUUCGUUUGUUAGCGAUCUCGAAUCCGAGAAAUCAUCAUCUUCAGAAGAUAAUAAAAUUGAAAUCCAAAAAUUACAAGCCGAAACAAUCAAAAAGCAAUCAGAAUUGAAGCAGCUCCAGCAAGAGAAGAAAACUGUCCAGAAAGAACUGAUCACUGCCAAAGAUCAAAAUGCAAAACAAGGAAUUGCUCAUCCAGCAGUUGUCAGAGCCCUUAAAAACCAAAAGAACAAAGCGGACAAAGCCAAAGACAACAUUGAUUCAUUGCGAGAAGAAAUCAACCAGCUGCAAAAGCGAAGAGACGAAUUAAAACAGUCUGUUGACAAAAUGGUCGAACAAUCAACAUCAAACAAUGCACAGACAGACGACAAUGUCCAGGAAGAGAACAAAAGACUCACGGAACAACUGACGAAGUCAAGAUCCGAAAAAGCAGCCCUUGAAGAAGAAUUUUUGCGUUUGAAAGCAAUAAACAGUGUUUUGAGACAAAACUUAACUCCUUCACAAGCGAAACCAUAUCUAGAAAACGAGCCAUUACGUGAUGAGUUCAUCAGAUUGUCUAGAGAACAUUUAAGUCUCGUUGAACAGUCAUUGCGACAGAAUUAUUCCAAUGAAAGAGCAAGAAGUUUAGGUGAAAUGGAAACCGACAAAAGUCAAAGAAUUACUUAUUCCGAAGCAUUGGAAGCGAACAAAGAAUUGUUUAAUGAACUGGAGAAACUCAAAAAGGAAAGGGAUUCGUUGCACGAAGACCUUGAGAAAGCGAUAUUAAAGAGAUACACGAUACAAGCACAACAACAAAUUUCCAAAAAACUUCCGAAAUCGAAUGAAGAAAAGAAAUUGAUUGAAGAACUUAAAAAAGCGAAAAAUAACUAUCUAAAACAGAAAACUGUUUAUUUAAAGGAUUUGCAGAAAUCUCAACUAAUAACAAUAGAAAAUAAAUACACAGCAGUUUAUAAUGAAAUUACUGAUUUGAGACAAAAAACAUUUAAUGAUGUAACAAACAAAAGAAAUGAAAUGAAAAGUUUAAGAGAAAAAUAUGACCAAUUACAACCUUUAUAUGAAGAAUCAAGGAUAUCUGAAGAAGAAGACAUAGAAUACAAUGGAAAGAUUAUUAGUUUGGAUGAAUGCAAAGAAAUGAUGGAUAAUAUAAUCAAUGAUUACAAACAAGGAAUGAUAGAAGCCCAAAAAAUUGCAACAAAAGAAGCUCAAGAUGAAUUGAAAAUUAUUUCAAAAGCUGCUGAUGAAUUUGAAGAAAAUGCAAAGGAAAUGGCUGCUUGGACAGAUGAAGUAUAUGCUACAUUGCUGCAGACGCAAGCAAAAGUACAGGUUUUGGGAAUACAAAAUGAUGUUUUACAGAAGAAAUUGAAAGAUGAUAAGUUUGAUGUUGAUAAAGCUUUGAAUAGCGAAUUACAAAAAGCAAUUGAAAACGGAAAUAAAACUAAUGAAAUUUUGGAAAGAGUUAAAGAAGAAAUGCGUGGAUUGUUGAGUGAUUUAGGAUUAGAAUAUGAUGAUGAAAUGACUCCUGAACAAAUGAUGGAAGCUGCUGAUUCUGUUUUAUCUAAUUAA